AGCAGGGAGCGACUGGGACGCGGAGGAAAGAAAGACACAAGUCCGAGCUCCAGCUGAUUUUUUAGGAUCCAACCGCAAACACGCGCAUCCGGACACGUCAGGUUACGCACGGGUCCCACUUUGGAUGCGUGUGCUCCGGCUGGACUUUGACUGCUUUUUGGUGUUUUUGGUGGAUAUGUUGUUGCAUUCUUGUGGAAGGCUUUGGCUUUUCCCAGUGGAUGAGUGAAGGCAGAGCCGCUGCGUGUCCUGUGUGUGUGUGUGCGGCCGGGCUGAAGCAGCCGCGCACGGCAGAGCGCCUCCGCUCCUCCGCUCCUCCGUCCGAACCCUGCCUGAGCAGCGGCACAGAAGUCUGGAAGGAAAAAGACAGAAAGGAAAAAAGAAUGUGCGACCUGAUGCCAGCCUCCCAGCCCGUGGAGAAAAUGGGCAAAAUGAAAAAGUUGAGGAGAACUUUGUCUGAGAGUUUCAGGAGCAUCACUUUCAAGAAAGAGGACAGCGGAUUUGAUGAGAUAUGUGUCACAAAGAUGUCCACACGCAGCGUCCAGGGAUCAGACUCGGUCAUCAAACCCCUGGACACCAUCCCUGAGGACAAGAAGGUGAGAGUUCAGCGCACGCAGAGCGGCUUCGACCCGUUCGAGAAGCCCGCCAGCCAGGUGAAGAGGGUCCACUCCGAGAACAAUGCCUGCAUCAACGCCAAGAGCUCCUCCGCCGGCAAAGAGUCGCCCAAACUGCGCCGCCACUCCAGCCCCAGCUCUCCAACCAGCCCCAAGUUCGGAAAGGCAGAUUCCUACGAAAAGCUGGAGAAACUGGGAGAAGGUUCAUAUGCUACAGUUUACAAAGGGAAAAGCAAGGUGAAUGGGAAGCUGGUGGCUCUGAAGGUGAUUCGUCUGCAGGAAGAAGAAGGAACGCCUUUCACAGCCAUAAGAGAAGCGUCUCUUCUGAAAGGUCUGAAGCAUGCCAACAUCGUGCUCCUCCAUGACAUCAUCCACACCAAGGAAACCCUGACUCUGGUCUUUGAAUAUGUGCACACAGACCUGUGUCAGUACAUGGACAAACACCCUGGGGGUCUGCACCCGGACAAUGUGAAGCUCUUCCUGUUCCAGUUACUCAGAGGCCUGUCCUACAUCCACCAGAGGUACAUCCUCCACCGUGACCUGAAACCACAAAACCUGCUCAUCAGCGACACUGGAGAGCUCAAACUGGCUGACUUUGGUCUGGCCAGGGCCAAGUCGGUCCCCAGCCAUACUUACUCCAAUGAGGUGGUGACCCUGUGGUACCGGCCCCCAGAUGUCCUGCUGGGAUCCACCGACUACUCCACCUGCCUGGACAUGUGGGGCGUGGGCUGCAUCUUCAUCGAGAUGAUCCAAGGAGUGGCUGCCUUUCCUGGGAUGAAGGACAUCCAGGAUCAGCUGGAGAGGAUAUUCCUGGUCCUUGGAACCCCGUCUGAGGACACCUGGCCUGGUGUCAACUCCCUGCCUCACUUCAAACCAGACCGCUUCACAGUGUACAGCGCUAAGAAGCUCAGACAAGCGUGGAAUAAGUUGGGUUAUGUCGACCAUGCUGAGGAGUUGGCCUCCAGGUUCCUCCAGUGCUUCCCAAAGAACCGCUUGUCCGCCCAGGCAGCACUGAACCAUGAGUACUUCAGCAACCUUCCUCCUCGGCUCUGGGAGCUGCAGGACAUGUCUUCUAUCUUCACCGUACCAAAUGUCAAGCUGCAGACAGAGAGCGGGGACAGCAUACAGGUGUGUGCACGACGGAACAGUCAUGGAAAGGCAUCCUCUGGCAGCAAACACUGACCUGAGGCGGCUUCCUGCACACGACUGCCUGACAGGUGGCGGUUGUAAAACAAAAAAAGAUGAAGACACACAUGCUGAGAUGGAGGAUCCAGACGAAUGGAGGAGCCCCAGUUCUCUUUAUUUAUUACCUUCACAAUGUGUGUGUGUUUGUGUGUGUGUGUGUGUGUGAGUGAGUGUGUGUGUGCAUGGGAAGACGAGAGCGUGUCGCCCAUAGACAUGGAUGCAUGUGUGCAUUAUGGACGGUAUCUAAGAGUUCAGGCUAUCAUUUGCAGAUUUUGUUUACUUUUUAUAAGGUUCCAAUAACUCCUAUAUCAUUGUCACAGUAUAAACAAAAAGGACUUUGCUAUUGGUACAUAUUGUGUUUUGUGUUUGUAACUAGCCUCCUAUUUAAGAAUGUAUAUUUGUAUGUACGAUAUACUCAUCUAGAAACUAUAUAAUGGACGAUUUUAAUAUUGCUUCAUCUUCACACCACUAUUCCUGCUCUUGCCAACACAUAAACGGACAAACACACACAGGAAACGAACAAAAAUAAUACAGUCAGUGAAAAGAUUAAGUUUUCCAUUUCUUUCUGAGCAGGUUUGACUCGAAACAGUUGAACCAAAACUAAUAAUAAUAGCGACGGGAGGCUUUCGGAAGGUGUGACGCAUCCCCUGGCGGCCAUUUUGGAGGUCCUGUAACUCAGCAGAGUUAACGGAAAGUAUUUCAGAUGGAGGUUUCAUCUAUAUUUUAGGAAAUUAAAGGUACGUGUAGCUUUCGUGUUAAUGCACAAGCUAAUUGUAGUGUUUAUUUGUGUCAUCGUACUUCUGUUGGCAUUAACAGAUGUAGUUUAAUCACAAUAAAGCAGCUAGUUAUUAAGACUUUAAGAGGUCAGUAGGAGGUUUUAUGUUCGAUACUUACUAAUUUUAUAUUCUUUUUUGUUAUAGAUGAGCAUUAUUUAAGAAAAACAAAGCAUUUUUCUUUGCCACCUGGGUCUUAUUUUUGUAGUUUUCAGUCUUCUAACUUAACUGUAGAGGUUUUAGCGACUGCAAUCAGCAUUUUCACCAAAGAACAGCUUCACCAGUCCAAGGUUUGACACCAAUGAAACUGUGAAACAUGAAGGUUUAAUGUUCUGACAGGCUGCAGUAAUGUGUUUUAUACAUGGUGUUAUCUCAGUGCAGUCUGGUACAGAAGAUAUUAUA